AUGAACAUACCUUCGUUGCUCCUCCAAGCUCGACCCGCUUUAGCUCAAAUGGGUCAUAGCAAGAAUCUAGGAUUCACCAAAAAAAUGUGGUUUCCAUGGAUAGCAAAAGUUGGAUUCAUGUUGUUGGCAUUGUUAGCAUGCAAAGUGACAUCCGAGGACAAAGUUGAAGACCCUUUAAAUGGUUCAUUGUGCAUUAGUGAAUGUGCCACAUGUCCAACAAUAUGUGCACCACCCCCUCCUUCACUUGCAACAACAUACUCAAAUCACCCUCCUCCUUCACCUUCACUUUCACCUAUAACAUCAGAAUCUCACUCUCCCCCUCCUCCACAACACCAUACACUAUCAAAUCCACCCCCUCCUCCACUCUUAACAUCAUACCCUUCUCCUCCUCAACUAUUAACAUCAAAUCCACCUCCACCUCCUCUCUUAACAUCAUAUUCACCACCCCCUCCACUCUUAAUAUCAUACCCUCCCCCUCCUCCACUCCUAACAUAUCCUCCACCAUCACUUAUGCAAUCACCACCAUCUCAACCACUUAUUCAACCUCCUCCAUCACAUUCUUCAGGGGCUUCUCCUCCACCACCUUUGAAAUCCAACAACCCAUCUUCCUCAGGUUCAGGACAGCCUACAGUUAUUGUUGAACCACAUAACUAUCCCAAUCCCUAUUACUAUUAUUAUGCCUCAACCGCAUCUUCUUUUUCUAUUCAUGUUAUACCUUUCUUCCUCUUACUUUUGUUCCUUCAUGGGGUAUUCUUUUGA